CCUGCGGUUGGCGGAGCUCGGCGGGGUCGUGCGUCCGCGCGGCCGCCUUCCCGCCCGCCCGAGCCAUGGCGCUCGCCGUUCGAGUCGUGUAUUGUGGUGCUUGAGGCUACAAACCCAAGUAUCUCCAGCUCAAGGAGCAGCUAGAAAAUGAGUUCCCAGGGUGCCUGGACAUCUGUGGCGAGGGGACUCCUCAGAGAACCGGGUUCUUUGAAGUGUUGGUAGCUGGGAAGUUGGUUCACUCCAAAAAGGAAGGUGAUGGCUUCGUGGACACCGAGAGCAAGUUUCGGAAGCUAGUUGCCGCCAUCAAAGUCGCCCUGGCUCAGUGCCAGUGAACCCUGAAGGCAGAGUCCCCAGACCUUCCUUGGCCGGCCCCCGCUUGGCAGCCGCUUCAUGACAGGAAAGAUCGAAAUGUCUACCAGACCCGUGGUCUUUCCUCGAUGUUCCUGUGGCCACUGAGUGGGAGCAGAGAUCGCGCCCAUGGUCUUCGCCUCUGCAUGGUGUGGGUGUCUAUCCAGAAUCCAUCUUUGCAUACCACCCCACCCUUCUGCCCCUCCUGCCCUCUGCCCCUCCCCACCUCUCCCUGAGUGCCCCAUGUCUCUCUCAUCUACCCUCCUGCCUCCGUUUUCCUUCUCCAGUGGAAACGGCAAGAGAUCAGCACAGUGGAACCUUCACAGCAACAUUAGAAGUGUUUGACAGUUAAAUAAAGUUGGGCAGCAUGAGUUUGACAGAA